AUGAUGGCCACCUACCCAGGCCAUGAGGAUAACGGCAUGAUACUCAUGGACACAACCUCGAGUUCAGCGGAGAAAGACCGAACAAAAGACGAAGCUCCUCCGGAGAAGGGACCGGACAAAUCCGACCCGACCCAGAAACCACCGUACUCGUACGUGGCGUUAAUCGCCAUGGCAAUCCGCGAGAGCUCGGAGAAGCGUCUUACGCUGUCCGGUAUAUACCAGUACAUCAUCAGUAAGUUUCCAUUCUACGAGAAGAACAAGAAGGGAUGGCAGAACAGCAUCCGACACAACCUGUCACUCAACGAGUGCUUCAUCAAGGUGCCUCGGGAGGGCGGCGGUGAGCGAAAGGGCAACUACUGGACCCUGGACCCGGCAUGCGAGGAUAUGUUUGAAAAGGGCAACUACCGGCGAAGACGACGAAUGAAAAGACCGUUCAGGCCUCCACCGACCCAUUUCCAGCCAGGCAAAUCUCUCUUCGGCGGUGAAGGGUACGGUUACCUCUCCCCGCCCAAAUAUCUACAGUCUGGGUUUAUCAAUAACGCAUGGUCUCCUGCACCCAUGUCAUAUACCUCCUGUCAGGUGAGCAGUGGGAACGUGAGUCCCGUUAAUAUGAAAGGCUUGUCUGCACCAUCGUCGUACAAUCCAUACUCACGCGUGCAAAGCAUAGGUCUCCCCAGCAUGGUGAACUCUUACAACGGCAUAAGUCAUCAUCAUCACCACCAUCACACGCAUCCUCAUGCGCUCCCGCACGCCCAGCAACUCAGUCCCGCCACGGCUGCAGCACCUCCGGUGACCACUGGUAACGGAACAGGACUGCAGUUCGCUUGCUCGCGCCAGCCCGCAGAACUUUCCAUGAUGCACUGCUCAUACUGGGAUCAUGAGAGCAAACACUCUGCACUACACGCGCGGAUUGAUAUAUAG